AGAUUAGACGGUUUCGAGCACCCCUCCCUCUCGGACUGGAAGUAUAAAACCAAGCUACUCACCUGGCGAUUAAAAUCUUCAGAGCUGGGACCUGGGAGCUUCUGUGAGAGAGUCAAGAGAAGAGAAAAGAAGCCAUGAAUGCCCCUGACCGUUACGAACGUUUCGUCGUUCCCGAGGGGACCAAAAAGGUUUCUUACGAGAGAGACACGAAGAUUAUCAAUGCGGCGUCGUUCACUAUAGAGAGAGAAGAGCACACUAUUGGCAACAUUCUUCGCAUGCAAUUACAUAGAGACGAGAAUGUGUUAUUUGCUGGUUACAAGCUCCCUCACCCGCUUCAGUACAAAAUCAUUGUUAGGAUUCACACGACAAGCCAGUCUUCACCAAUGCAGGCAUACAACCAGGCUAUCAAUGAUCUAGACAAGGAACUUGACACUCUGAAGAGUGCAUUUGAGGCUGAGGUUGCGAAGCAUUCAAGGGACUAUUGAUGUACAUUUUCACAUCAUUUGGUUAGAAUAUGGGUGUUUAGAGCUGGACAGAAAUUAAGAAAUUCUGGUUAUUUUAAGGGACUAAUGUUUUGAGUGAUGAAUGCUUAGUUGUGUAACAAGAGGCUUUCGACGACAUUAAUGGACAUCCUGAAAAUCAAUAAGUUUUGCAGCA